CGAUCAGGGCGGCGAGUCCAUCCCGCAUCCGCCUCAGCCCCUUUCCAGUCUUUUGAGCCUUCGCGACGGCCGCUCCCGGGGGCCGGAAGUGAGGGGACCGGAAGUGCAGUUUCCAUCCCCGCCUCUCAGCCGCUCCUGUCGGCGCAGUUGAUUGAGUGGGAAGGUGGCGGUGGCUGGGUGGUGGCGCGGUUAGCAUCUGCUGCGGUUAGCAUCUGCCGCUGUGGGCCCGGCCCUGUCCUCGGGCGUCCUUCUCCCCGAGAGCCCGCGACGGGAGCCAGCCCUGGCGUUAGGAGACUGCCCGGCGCUUUCCCUCAUUUCCCCGCGUCCUUUCCCUAAGGCGUUCCCAGGGAACAGCAGGAAGGAGGGACUUGGCACAGCUGUCAGCCCCAGUGGCCCAAUGUCAUGGAACACGCCUUUAAUCACAGCACCGGGGAGGCAGAAGCAGGUGGAUCUUUGUGACUUCAUGGACUGCUUGGGCUGCAUAGCUAGUUCCAGGCCAGCCAGGAUAGUGGGACCCUGCCUCCAACAAAACAAAACACCGAAGUUAUGCCUUCUCAGGAGAGUGACCUUCCUUCAAAGGAAAAAGAGAAAAUGGCCAUAUUUCAGGAGGCAGUGACAUUCAAGGAUGUGGCAUUGGUGUUUACUACCGAGGAGCUGGGGCUGCUGGACCUCACACAGAGGCAGCUGUACCAAGACAUGAUGCUGGAGAACUUCAGGAACCUGGUUGCUGUGGGGUGCUUUCCCCUCAAAGCAGAAAGGCUUUGGCUACAGGAAGCAGAAGUCCAGAGAAGUAGGUGUCCUGACGGCAGCAGUCCACAUGAGUCGGCGACUCUUGGGAGACUCGCACUGAAGCAUCUUCCCCAGGAAGAGGUGUCUUGCUGGCACAUCUGGAAACAGGCUGCCCAGAAAUCGACCGGGUAUCUUCAGAGGAAGCGUUCUCAACUACUGCGACACUAUUCCAUUCAGGUUUCUGACAAUGGGAGCAACACAAAGAAUCACAAGGGAGAUAGCUGCAGGUGCCUUGAACAAGAAGACUUUUCAAUCUCAGGAACUCAGAAUUAUUGCCAAAAUCGGUGUCUGCAGGAUGCACAGAACCAGAGUGGGGAUAAGCCGGUCUGUGUGAAACGUGACCUGUGUGUGUAUGCAGAUUUGAUGAGGAAGUCUUCGCUUUGUAAGCCGCUCAAAACCAACCAAGAGCAGAAACCCCACAGAUGUGAUGACUGUGACAAACUAAUGACGGUGUUGAUCAGGGACUGUCCUUAGGAGGGAAACCAUGUCUGCAGAGUGAGUGUGGCUCGGGGCUUCCCGUUGGCCAGCCUGUCUACCCAGCAGAGCGCUGCGGUAGUCAGU